AUGGGGGCCCAUCAAUCAUCGCAGCAGGAGCCCGACGCAACCUCCACGAGGGCAUGCUACUAUGAUAUUCUUGGAAUUGACCGCCAAGCCACAGAUGACGAGUUAAAAAAAGCCUAUCGCAAAAAGGCGCUCGACCUCCACCCUGACCGCAAUUUAAACGACGUCGAGACGGCCACAGAGAAGUUCGCAGAGGUCCAGGCUGCCUACGAAAUCCUCUCCGACCCCCAGGAGAGGGCCUGGUACGACUCCCAUCGAGAUGCGAUAUUAAGUGGCCAUGACCGGCCCGGAGACAGCUCCCAUCCCAGCACAUUCCGGAAUGUCCGUCUCACAUCCGCGGAAGAGAUCGUGGGCCUCGUUCGCAAGUUCAAUGCUACCGUGCCCUUUGAUGAUGGUCCGACAGGGUUCUUUUGCAUCAUUCGGGUCACAUUCGAGCGUCUCGCCCACGAAGAGGAGGCUGCCUCCGAGUUCGUGGGGUUGGACUUGCCUUGCUUCCCAAGCUUUGGUUCUUCCAGCGAUGAUUACCACUCGGUGGUCAAGCCAUUUUACGCCGCAUGGUCUAAUUUCUCCACGAAAAAGCCAUUUUCCUGGAAAGACAAACAUCGCGUCUCCGAUGCGCCAGAUCGACAGGUGCGCCGCCGGAUGGAAAAGGAGAACAGAAAGAGCCGUGAAGAUGCCAUGCGAGAUUUCAACGAAGCCGUAAGGUUUCUCGUCAGCUUCGCACGGAAGCGUGAUCCACGAUGUUUGGCCAACACCCAAACAGAUACCCAGCGACAACAAUCACUUCGCGAGGCUGCCGCAGCCCAAGCUGCGCGGUCACGUGCUGCAAACCGAGAGAAGAUGUCGACUUAUAGCGCGCCGAGUUGGGUCAGUCAUGCUCAUGAUAUCGAAAUCGACCAAGACUUCAAUUCCGAGUCAUCCGAGGAUGAUUCUGUGACCAAAGUCCUCGAAUGUGUUAUUUGCAACAAGUUAUUCAAGAGCAUAGGACAGUUCGAGGCCCAUGAACGCAGCAAGAAGCACGUAAAGGCGGUCCAGGCACUUCGCCGCCAACUUGACAAAGAGGACGAUGAGCUUCAAAUCGACAACGCCACCGAUCCUCUAAAAAAUGAAGGCUCCACUGACUCGGAGUCGAGUGACACCGUCAAAGUCUGCAAGGCAACCCAAGGUAUGGAGGCCAGGAACUCCAAGACCACAAGGCAACUCGCCAAGAUGAACAGCGAAGGCUAUGACGAGGAGAGCCAAGAGAAAGGUAUCAUUCACUACGUGGGUGAUGCUGAAGUAGCUCUCUACUGCCCUGCGAAGCGCCCAAUACAAGCUUACACCUAG